AUGAAAGAACUUUUAUUCGAUGAAUUAAGUGAUGAUAUCAUUCUCGAUUGCAUGCGCGAGCUUGAAAAAGGUGGAAAUACUCACAGUCCUUUUGUGAGAAUAGCAGAGGUUCUUCCUCAAUAUAAAGCUAGACAAAUUUGUCAUCGCUAUCGUAAUAAUCUUGAUUCGCGCAUUUGUCAAGGUCCUUUAAGCGAUUAUGAAAAAGAAUUUGUUACUCAUUGGGUUGAGACAAAUCAAACAUCGAGCGGCACCAUCCGUUGGAAAUGUUUGGUACACGAAAUCCAUUUAAGAUAUGGAAUAUUAAGAUCACGAAAUAAACUUAAGAAUUUCUGGUAUUCUAGAAAGAAACACCUUUUAAGAGCAAAGAAAGCCAAAAUACGAGCUGGUUCAAAAAGAAAUGCGGUCAUCCCCCCUACCGUGUCAUUAUCGCCGAUUCUUCAACCUGUUCUACCUGAUUUCAUGGAACCUAAAUUUCAACCAGAUCUUCCAUUAAAAGAACCAAAUAAGAUGGAACCACUCUUUAAUUCAUUAUCAUUUUAA